AUGUAUAUACAAUAUAGAUUAUUCAGUGAGAGGAGUCUUUGGAGAUUUCUGGAAAUUAAUAAGAAUGAUAAUUACAUUUUGGUUAGUGAUUUAAAGAAUAUUUUAUGCAAACAGAGUAAUAUAAAUUAUAACAAUAAGAUAGAUAUUUGUUUUUCUAUUUAUAAAGAGGGAGACAGUUUUGAGGAGGACGAUAGUAAUAAUAAUAAUAAUAAUAAUAUCAAUAAAAAUAUUGGGAAUGAAAAAGAUAAUUUGAGUGAUCAAGGAAAUAAAAAUAAUUUAUUAUAUUACAAUAAAUCAGGCUAUGAGAAUAUAAAUAAUAAUAUUAAUGAUAAUAUUUAUAAUAAUAAAGAAAAUAAUAUUAAUUUUUUAAACAAUGAUGAUAAGAUUUAUAAUGGCACAAAGAUAUUAAUUCAUAGACAAGUUAAAAAAAAGAGUAAUAUUACAGAUGUUAUUACACAUAAAGCUAAAAAGGAAAUAAUUAUAAAUACUGAAGAAAAACAGAAAAUAAACAUUCCACAAGAAUUUUUAUGUAAAUUAUGUAAUUAUCUUUUAUUAGAAUCUUAUAUAAUCGUUUGUAAUAAUAACUGUGGUUAUUCUGUAUGUAGAAGUUGUUUAUUAUUUUAUAUUUUAAAUUGUUUUAUUAAAGAAAAUGAGAAAAAAAUGAACUAUAUAGAUAUGAAUAUGUUGAAUACUGAUAAUAUAAUAAAAUGUCCUAUAUGCCAAGGUAUAUUAAAAUAUGGUAUCUUAAAUAAAAAAAUGGAGUUAACCAUAAAAAAGUUUGUAGAAGAAAGAAAAGAUAUUCAUUCUUAUAAUUUAUCUAUCGAAGAAAGAAAUAAUAGAUAUUUAAAAAUUCUUGAUAGAUUAAAUAUAGAAAAUAUUGAAGAUUUAUGUAUUGAUAGAAAAAAUAAAAAAAAUUUAUUCGAUAAUCAUAUAUUUAAACAUGUCGAAAAAAAAUAUAUUCAUUCACAUAUAACUCAGGAUAACAAAAAUAUCCUUGACAAGAAUGAAGAACUAAAAAUAAUAAAUCACUUUUUAUAUCUUAUGGAUAAUUAUAAGUUAAAUUGUAUUAAAGAAUAUGGCAUGUUAUAUGUAGAUUUUAAUAAUUAUCUCUUUGAUUCUAUACAAAAGAUUAAGGUGAAGAGUAUUUACGAGCAACAAAUAAAUGAGAAUAAAGACAAUACUAGUGUUAAUAUAAAUAUUGACGAUGGUUGUGAUAAAAAUAUGAAUUUAUCUUUAAGAAAGGAUAAUAUGACUGAGCACGUUGAUAAAUCUUCGAAUAAUAUAGAUGAUGUUUUAGGUGUUGAGCAUAUAAAGAGGGAAUUAAUUCAGGACCGCGUGAUGAAGGUAAAGACUGAGGAAUAUGGAGAGUCAAAUGUGAAGGGAGCUACAAAUGAUCCUUUUAAUUGUCUUAAUAUGUUGAAAAAUAUGUCUAGUUAUCUUACUGGUAUGAUUGGAGAUGAUAAAUGUGAUGAUAAAGGUGAUGAUAAAGGUGAUGAUAAAGGUGAUAAUAAAUGUGAUAAUAAAUAUGAUAAUAAAGGUGAUAAUAUGUUAAGGAUCAAAAAGGAGGAACGUAAAGAUAUGAAUAAUAUAAAUAAUGUGAAUAAUAUAAAUGAUGAUAAUAAUGAUAUUGAUAAGGAGAAUGAUUGUGUUGAUGAUUUUAAAGAAGAUAUGUAUAACCAAACAAAGACCUAUAUCAUACCUAUUUCUUUUGUAGGAGGAGAAACCUCUUAUAGUCUGAUAGGUAUAUAUGCAGUUAAAGAUUUAUAUAUGAGGAUUGAUGGUAAGAAAAAUGAAGGUUCAUCUAAUAAUUUGACAUCUACAAGUAGUUCAUUGUUUAAUAAAGGUAAUAAUAACAACGUGGAUGAUUCAUUUGUUGAAUCAUUUUUAAAGAAAUGGUUUCAUUAUGAGAAUCAGCAUGAGAAGAAGGUUGGUAAUAUAUUUGAAAAGCUAAAGAGUGGUAAUAUUUAUAAUCUGGAAUGUAUUAAUAAAUAUGAGAAGACUUGUUUUUUUCCAGCUAGGAAACAACCUAUAUAUACAAUAAUAAAUACUAAAAGACAAAAAACGAAAAAGAAAACAAAUAUAGAAAUUAGUUUGGAUUUCAAAAAAUUUAAAGAUAUUGUAUUAAGUGUUGAUAAUUAUAUUAAAUAUGGAAGUAGACCAACAAAUUAUGAACCUAGAAAAGAAAAGAUACAAGGAACAAAUAUAAAUUUAUCAAAUAACAACAACAAUAAUAAUAAUAAUAAUAAUAAUAUGGAGAUGAAUGAAAAUGACAAUGAAGGAAAAGAACAAGAAAUAAAUAAUAGAGAUAAUAUAUUUAAUGAAGAGAAAGAUACAUUACAUAAUAUAGUAGAUCUACAUAAUGAACAGGAUGAUAUAUUAACAAGUUCAAUAAAUUUGCAACAUGAAUUUAAAGAUAUAUAUCAAACCUUAUAUGAUACAAGUAUAAUACCUAUUUCUAUAAAUAACAAUUUUAAUGUUAAUAAUCCAUAUGCAAAUUAUUGUGCCCUACUUCCAUUUCUAACAAAAAAGGAUUUUUAUUUAUUUAGGAAAUUACAACGUAUAUAUAAAGAAAAAUAUUUAAAAAAACUGUACAAACAUGUUAAACAAAAUAAUCUAAAUAUGAAUAUUUUUUUUAAUGCAGUCAACGCUUUGUAUUUUGCUACAAUUAGAAAGGAUUAA